UGCUGCUGCCUCCUUGAACUGACGACAGCUCUGACAGUGCCUUGUGCCUCUCACCAGGCCCCUUGGAACAGAGACACCCCAGCCACCCGGACCCUGACGGCGAGCCCCCUGUCCAUGGUCCCGUGGCCCUCUGUGUCCUGACAUGCCAGGCAGCAGCAGCACACGCGUAGCCCCAGCAGCCCAGCCAUGGAGCAGCAAGCCUGGAUACUGAGGGGCUUCCUGGCUCAAGUGGAGAGCAAGGAGGCUGAGGAAGAGGAAGCGGAGAGUGGCUUCACAGGGGAGUUCUCGAGGCUCAAACGCCAGUCCACCAAGUACCGCACUGACAAAACCUACCCCACCAAAGUAGCGGAAAAGCAGGAGAAUGUGAAGAAGAACCGAUACAAGGACAUUGUUCCCUUUGACCACAGCAGAGUGAAGCUAUCCCUUACCACCUCCAAGAAUGACAAUGACUACAUCAAUGCCAGCUUCAUCAAGGGAGUGUCAGGGGCCAGGGCCUACAUUGCCACUCAGGGCCCUCUGCCCCACACCGUGCUGGACUUCUGGAGGAUGCUCUGGGAGUACAACAGACUCAGAGGAAAGUAAAGGGGACUAUGUGAGCAGAAACUUGAGGGUGACCUAUCGUAAUAAGUGGUGCCGGACCCUGAGACAGCUGCACUAUAUCAACUGGCCCGACCACGGGGUGCCUGACACCAUCCCUCCCAUCUUGGAGCUGCUGCAAGAGAUGAGAUCCUACCAGGCCCAUGAGGAUGUGCCCAUCUGCAUACACUGCAGUGCUGGCUGUGGAAGAACAGGAGCACUAUGUGCCAUCGACUACACCUGGAACCUGGUGAAAACACAGCGGCUCAAAGAAGACUUCAGCAUCUAUGAUCUGGUUCAGGACAUGAGAACACAGAGGCCUUCUGUGGUUCAGACCAAGGAACAGUACGAGCUGGUGUACAGAACCGUCAAGUUCCUGUUUGAGAAGUAUCUGCAGUCCAUGGCACCAGCACAGCCUUCCUGCAUAGAGGAGGUGCCAGCGGCCCCCUCACCCCCUACAGCCAGUGACAGUGAGCUCACUGACCUCAGCGAGGCGUCUGAAGCUGAACAGGAACCAGAACCUGAGCCACAGCAUCAAAUGGAACCACAGACAGAGCACAGGCACCCAGAUAGGGAGGAGCCUGAUGGGAUAUCCAAUCACGUCUUACCAGUGGCCUUCUCUGCCUCAGCAGCGGUGCAUGAUGGUGACCCACUGUCUGACGCAGCUACGUGCUCCCCCUCAGUCAUCCUCAACGCCCUGAGAGCCAAGGACAGGCAGAGGGAACAGCAGAGACCAACCUCCCUACCAACACAGACUAUUAACCAGAAACCACAACCCCUACAGACACAGACUAAUAGCAUGUCCAUGAACCAGAGACCAUCAUACCCACUACCGACAAAGCCCGAUACAUUGCCCACCAGCCAGGACCUGAGACAAGAGCCCAGUCUCCGCAUCCCCAUCAUAACCUCUCAGGCACUCAGGACUCAGGAAUUCUGUCAGAGAGCCAUGGAGCAAAAGAAGGUGGAGAGUGAUGGAGAGAUCACCCGACUGGUACCACCAGUGCUCUCUGCAGUUUCCAUCUCCAACCCCCUCUGUCUCACUGUGGAGGACCUCUACUUUUUACCUGACUCUUCAAUGACCUCACCCCUGGCUGCUGAGGCUCCCAGAGGGGCUGAUAAUGAGGAGGAGCUGGCUCCACUGAGCAAGUUGACAGAGAACCCCUGUUUCAAUGGUUCAAUUAUGACUCUUAAAGACCAGUCGAUGGAACUGCCAGCCCUUGUCAUCACAAACGUUGCCCCAGGUGCGCUUGUAGCUUUCUCGGAUGAAGACAGCCCACCUCCAUUACCUGAGAGAACCCCUGAAUCGUAUGUACUGUCUGCUGGAACAGAGCGUCCUGAUAACAUCUCUAAACCUGAGAGGUUAGAGGUCAUCAUCCCUCCUAAUGCUGCAGCUGAAGCCCUCAGGGGGAACGGGAGUCCCCCCUCGCCUAUCCCCCCACUGCCAGAGAGAACGCCAGAAUCCUUUGUGUUGGCCAACAAUGCCGGAAGGAGCACUACUGUCUUCCCUUCCCUCUCAGUCCCCGUGGAGAUGGUGGUCCAGAAGUCAGAAGAGAGAGAGUGGUCUGGGCGGUCAGUGGACACUCUGGUGGAUGAGAUAUCUUGGGCGAGGAGCAAAAGCUUGAAAGUAAAAAUGACAACACUCUCAGUGUCACCCCAGGAUACAGUAUCACCCCCAGUUACAGUGCCACCACCCGUUACAUUGCCUCCCCCGGUUAGAUAUUCUGUUCCUGCUCCUCGUACAUCAGUAAACCUUCCUCCUCCCCCUCCACCUCCCUAUCCUCUGGCCCCUUCUCUCUCACCUCCAGGCUCAGAGAAUCUGACUCCCCCUCUACCUGAGAGAACUCCAGAAUCUUUCUUCCUGGUCACUCAAGAAGUUGAUCAGAACAGUGCCCCCUGCCUGCAGAGUCAGAGCAACAGCCAGACCACAUCUACACAGCAGAGGAUCGGUACAUCCUCAGAGUGGGCAGGGAACUCCCAACCCAAAAGAUUCCUGGAUGGAAUCAUGAAUCGGAGCAAGAGUGUCCACGCAAAGAGUUCACUGAAAGAGCCCCUGACUACUGUUCCUCUGGUUGCUCAAACCGUUGUGGCUGUAGGAGGAAGUGCUGAAAUGAAGCUUCAGCAACCUGUGAACAACAGCACUGGGACUACUGAAGACAAAUCAGACAAGAACAGUGGGAAGGCCUUGUCUAGAACAAAGAGCCUGAAGUUAUUCAAACUCAGACAGAAACCAAAGUCUGCCCCUCCACCAGUACCAACACACUCUGGACCAUCUCCUCCUUAUGGUACCUCUGCCUCAUCCUCACUGUUCACAUUUGGAUUUGGAACUCGUUUUGGGAAGCCUAAAGGGCCAAGGAGUCAUCCUGAGACGUGGGUGUAAGACAGCCAGUCAACAAAGCUGGAUAUGUCUGGCCACUGUCCUCAGAUCACAGGGCUGGAACCCUGCAUGUGGCUACUAGCUACUGGCCACUUAACUGGACUAGGGAUGGUCCCUAGAGGAUUUUUGACAUUGUGAAGGAAGAUCAUCAUUCCAAGAAGACAUGGGGAAUCAUGUAGCUUUCUCCCUGUGUUCUGAGACGACAUGAACACCGUCUUGCAAACUGCUGUAACGGCCCAAUGAUCAACCUCGGAUUAGCUUUAAAUUGGAGCACCUGUUAUUCAUGACAAAUUGAUCGUACUGUAGUUAUUUAUCCGUGCCUGAAGGGAGAACUUGUGCCUCUGAAAUGUGGUGGAAGGAUGCAAUCAAAUGUAGGCAAAGGAUGGAUGGAAAGAAUGGAAUAAUGAGUUGAUAAAUGUUAGAGGGCUACUUUUGGCUAUUUUGCCUGAUAAAUACAGUAAGGUACUUUGAAUAGUUGGUAACACGUUACUUGAUACAUGUUACCAAAUAGUUGUAUAUGCUGAUGUUUAUUUGUUAUUGUUUGUAUAGGCUCCUUCUGAUCCAGACAAAAUCUAGAUCUACAUCUGGACUGUACAGAGUGAUAAACUUUUUUUUACGGGUAAUAUACACUGCUCCAAAAAAUAAAGGGAACACUUAAACAACACAAUGUAACUCCAAGUCAAUCACACUUCUGUGAAAUCAAACUGUCCACUUAGGAAGCAACACUGAUUGACAAUAAAUUUCACAUGCUGUUGUGCAAAUGGAAUAGACAAAAGGUGGAAAUUAUAGGCAAUUAGCAAGACACCCCCCAAAACAGGAGUGAUUCUGCAAGUGGUGACCACAGACCACUUCUCAGUUCCUAUGCUUCCUGGCUGAUGUUUUGGUCACUUUUGAAUGCUGGCGGUGCUCUCACUCUAGUGGUAGCAUGAGACGGAGUCUACAACCCACACAAGUGGCUCAGGUAGUGCAGUUCAUCCAGGAUGGCACAUCAAUGCGAACUGUGGCAAAAAGGUUUGCUGUGUCUGUCAGCUUAGUGUCCAGAGCAUGCAGGCGCUACCAGGAGACAGGCCAGUACAUCAGGAGACGUGGAGGAGGCCGUAGGAGGGCAACAACCCAGCAGCAGGACCGGUACCUCCGCCUUAGUGCAAGGAGGUGCACUGCCAGAGCCCUGCAAAAUGACCUCCAGCAGACCACAAAUGUGCAUGUGUCAGCAUAUGGUCUCACAAGGGGUCUGAGGAUCUCAUCUCGGUACCUAAUGGCAGUCAGGCUACCUCUGGCGAGCACAUGGAGGGCUGUGCGGCCCCACAAAGAAAUGCCACCCCACACCAUGACUGACCCAUCGCCAAACUGGUCAUGCUGGAGGAUGUUGCAGGCAGCAGAACGUUCUCCACGGCGUCUCCAGACUCUGUCACGUCUGUCACAUGUGCUCAUGUGCCCAGUGUGAACCUGCUUUCAUCUGUGAAGAGCACAGGGCGCCAGUGGCGAAUUUGCCAAUCUUGGUGUUCUCUGGCAAAUGCCAAACGUCCUGCACGGUGUUGGGCUGUAAGCACAACCCCCACCUGUGGACGUCGGGCCCUCAUACCACCCUCAUGGAGUCUGUUUCUGACCGUUUGAGCAGACACAUGCACAUUUGUGGCGGUGGAGGUCAUUUUGCAGGGCGCUGGCAGUGCACCUCCUUUCACAAAGGCGGAGGUAGCGGUCCUGCUGCUGGGCUGUUGCCCUCCUGCGGCCUCCUCCACGUCUCCUGAUGUACUGGCCUGUCUCCUGGUAGCGCCUGCAUGCUCUGGACACUACACUGACAGACACAGCAAACCUUUUUGCCACAGUUCGCAUUGAUGUGCCAUCCUGGAUGAACUGCACUACCUGAGCCACUUGUGUGGGUUGUAGACUCCGUCUCAUGCUACCACUAGAGUGAGAGCACCGCCAGCAUUCAAAAGUGACCAAAACAUCAGCCAGGAAGCAUAGGAACUGAGAAGUGGUCUGUGGUCACCACCUGCAGAAUCACUCCUGUUUUGGGGGGUGUCUUGCUAAUUGCCUAUAAUUUCCACCUUUUGUCUAUUCCAUUCGCACAACAUCAUGUGAAAUUUAUUGUCAAUCAGUGUUGCUUCCUAAGUGGACAGUUUGAUUUCACAGAAGUGUGAUUGACUUGGAGUUACAUUGUGUUGUUUAAGUGUUCCCUUUAUUUUUUUGAGCAGUGUAUUUGUACUGGUAUUAUUCUUCAUGGUGGUGUGAGAGAAGCAGACAGGUCUGUAUUCUGCAUACAUCACAUUCAUUGUUGUAACUUGGUGGAUGUGUUUUCUAUAUGGGCUAUAAUUUAAAACGUAAAGAAAAAUACAUAUUGCUCUAAAUUUACCCAUUUGAGGAUCACUGUUUUCUUAUCUAUAAUGCUUACAAAAGUAAUGUCACUGAUAAUUCAUACAUAAUGCACACAUACAAUUAUUUAUUUAGAAAAAUACAAGAAAUGUUUGUUUUCUACUCAAUUCACAUGAUUGAUCUCACUUUUAAUAACAGAAUUCUAUAAAUGUAACUUGUUUUACCCAAAAA